AUGCCUCGAAAACACCCCAAACCACCCAAUCACCCCAUAAAAUCCGCCGACAGACUCGCCCUCGCCAUAACAGGUCUCAAAACGGGCAAAUACACCACCAUCCACGACGCAGCCACGCAAAAUGCCGUACCGGAAUCCACUCUGCGCGCGCGUGUCAAAUCCGCGGGUUUUCCUAGACGCGCAAACACCAGAAACACGCGUCGCAGAGUUAAGGAAUUUCGCUUAACGAGGACAGAGGAAAAUACCCUCUCCAAUUGGAUUGUUCAGGUCCAUGAGGGUGGGAAUCCUAUCUACCCCCGACUCAUCCAAGAUAUGGCCGAUACAUUACUCGAGAAACGUGGCGGGACACAUGGCUUCCGUGUAACCCGCGAAUGGGUAUCCGGGUAUAUACAAUUCCAUCCUGAAUUUGCUGCUCUUAUUGAGCAACACAACGAAUACCUCGAGAAGGAACUUGGGAUGCGGCCUUUCAGACUGGGACCUGAUCCCGACAAUCCGAAGGAUGUGCUUGAGUAUGCCGUGGAUGGUCUUCAUAAUACGGCUCAGUUUGCUAAACAGAUGAAUGAGUUUGAAAAGACAAUGCAGAAGGAUUUGAGAGAGCGGAUGGUCACUAAGGGGCCGGAUCAUGUCCGUACGAUUGCUGCUGCUCUUGAGGAAUGGAGGCAAGAGGUUGCGAAGGUUUUGGAGAGCGGGGUUGAGCAAUGUUCGGAGUUGGGUGAGUUACUUUUGAAUUAUGAGCUUGAUACGUCUGCGUUUGUGAAUGGGUAUCGGGAGCUGUUGUGUAUCAAUCGUGAUACGGAGGAGGUGCAGGAGGAAAUGCGUGUGGAAUUUGGUGGGAAGGUGGCCGUGGAGGAGGAGAGUUAA